AUGAUUGGCUGUCCAUUUCCAACAUUUGAACAUUCUGUUUUCUACGUUGCGAGUUAUGGGGCUUCACUGAAUAGUAUAAGUAGGUACGCAGCCGUUCUGCCUGGUCUCAAAAAUUUCUACAAUUCGACAACUCAUCCAUCUCCGCCGAACAAUAAACGAACUUCCAGUCAGUCGCCCCACGCCAGCUCCAUGUUUUCUACAUACACAAUGAAAAUCCAAACUCUCGUUCUGGCGGUCCUCUCUAUAGCAUCCACAAUUUCUGCUGCACCAAUAAGCAACCUGACAGCGGUCGAACCUACUUCCAACGAGUCUCUUAUGCGAAGAAAUGCUCCUCAUCCCCCUGGCGAUACACUUGUCGAAAUUGACAAGAUGUGGGGAAUGCCCUGUGCGAGAAAGUGUUGGCAUGAAAUAUUUCCCGAAAUCGAGAAGUGGCGGCAAGACGUUUAUUGCCAUCCUGACCUUACCUGGGCUUAUCACAAGUAUCAUCGCCGCGUUGUACCCUGUAUCAAAAAGAAUUGCGAUUGGAAACGCGAAGCGGAUCUAUUUCAAUACGACUUUUCAGUUAGGUUCUGCAAAUUCUGUGGCUGGAUCCCCAAAGGGGCUGGAAUACCUUGCGAAACAUUGAAAUGGCAUGAGGAUGGAGAUGCGAUGAAUUGA